CAGACCAUAUGUUUAUUGACGUUGACGUUUUUUUACUGUUUAUUUUAUUAUUUUUGUUUGUAAUUAAUCCCUUUUCGUUUUUUUCAUGAAACGAAUAUGAAUGAUGUAGAAAACCGGCUGGCGGAAUAUAGACGAAGAAAGCAAAGGGUAGAAGUACGAGAACGGGUAUUAAAUAAUAUGAAAUCACUCCUUUCUUCAUAUAGCAAGAAAACCAAACCAACCGAUCUGGAAAAUGAGGGAGAAACUGAAAAGCUUUGUGAUUCCAAUGAGGAAACCAAAACGGAACCUGUUACUGAAAAUGAAACCAUAUGCGGUAAUAGUGAUAUUGGAAAAUCAAAUCUUAUACUAAAAUCAAUUUAUUAUAUACUGUGUUUUACUUGUUGGGGUAUCCUGUAUGCUGUAUUUAUACAGCUACAAUUUGGAACUGUAUUCCUCAUAGUAUCUUGCCUAGUUGGCAUGUAUUUAAACACUGGGACUAAAGCUCCUGGUGAGGUUAGUGCUUACUCAGUAUUCAAUCCAGAUUGUGAAAGUAUUGAUGGGACUCUGAAAGCUGAACAGUUUGAGAGAGAGAUAAGAUAUGGUCACACAGCUGUAGGGUAAUAUGCUUAAGAAUGAGAUUUAUUUAUGUAAUAUUUAAUCUCUACCUAUUGUUUUUCAUACUGUUCAUUCUAGUGUUCUCCAAAGUGUGGGUUGCAACCCCCUGGGGGGUUGCGAUGGGGUACUAGGGGAUUGCUUGAAAUUUGUAAAAUUAUGAAUAUUUAUUUUAAUAAUGCUGUAAAUAAAAAUUAACUAAUCAUAUUUAUCAUCUUAAAAACGUUUUUAACAAAGAGGGGUCACUCUUGAGUUAAGUUUGGGAAACACUGGUUUAGAUUGAAAAAAAUAUAUUGUAUAUGUAACAUAAUACAAUUUUUUAGUAAUAUGAACUUGUUUUUUAUUUAAUGCUUUCUAUUGCAACAGUUGAUUUUCAAAAUUUAGCAACUUCAAAAGUAUACACUUCAACUUCCUUGUCUCAUAUGUUACAGUUUCCUUACCAUCCGGUGUAUCAGUAUCCUCAAAGAAGGAUGCAUUUGCAACUGUUUUGACUGUCUUUCCAUGCACUGAAAAUUAUCUUUAUUUAUAAAAAUGAAAAUGUAUUUGCCUUAUUUAUGAUAACCUUUGAACCUGAUUUCAACAUGUUGAACUAUCUAUAUACAUUGUCCAAUCAUGAAUUCCCAGGAUCUACAGAUUUUUUCUAUUGGGGUUUAUCUGAAUAUGUACAUGUAAGAUACAAAAAUAAACAUUUC